AUGAUUCGCCUGUCGAAAAUCUUAUCAUUUAAAAUGCGACCAUUUUUUAUGUUGAAAAAUAUUUCAUCGCUAACAACAGUCUCAUCACCAACAAAAACCUAUUCCGGUAUUGUCACAAAUACAUUAACACGUAUUCAUAAUAAAUAUCAAUAUAAAAGUGAUAUUAACUUGGCUAAAACAGCAUGUCAAGCAGCUAAAUUUCUUGAUGACUAUUUAGCACACCAUGAACAAACAAAAAACGAUGAGAACUCGGUAUUUUUAUGUCAUAUAUAUCAUAUGUUUGUAGAAUUUAUAUUCAAUACAUUGGAAAUUGUUGAAAAUGAUCGUUAUACUACAAAUACACAUGAUCUUGAGAAUAUUCACUAUAAUAUUUUCACAAAUACAAAUUUUCAUAAACAUUGUGGUUCGGAAAAAGGUCCACACGGUGAAACUUCAUUAUUUAUGAUAUCGUAUAUAGCUCAGAAAAUCAAGUUUGAUUAUAGUAUUACAUACGAGGAAUUCAGACGGCAUGGUUGUCAUGUUGAUGAGCAUAUUGAAAAUAUGAUGAUAUAUCUACGAGAAAAACAUCUCAAAGAUGAUCAACAAGAUGGAGAUAAAUCUCAUUUAGACAAAUCACCUUCUCUAAUAUGA